CCUCCGCCUAACCGCUGGUGUACAACGUUGACUGUGAACACUAAAUCACCACAAUGUCUGUUUCUGGAGACAUCUACCUUGUGACGGGAGGAAGUGGAUUUCUUGGAAAGGUUAUCAUUGGACUUCUGAUUGAGAAAGCUUGCGAUGUCUCUGAGGUCAGAUUGUUCGACAAAGUAAUACACGCAGAACAUGUGGCGAGUUUACAAGCUUUGGUUGGAGGCAGAGUUAAGCUGAAGGUGAUCCAAGGAGAUCUGAGAGAUAAAGAGGUCGUGUGGAAGGCCUGCCAGGGAGUUGACUGCGUAAUUCACACCGCUUCCUUGAUCGAUAUCUGGGGUCUCUUCAGCAAUGAAGAAAUAGAAGCUGUCAAUGUUGAAGGAAGUCAGUUCUUGCUGGAGACCUGCAUUGCGCUGAACGUGAAGCGCUUCAUCUACACCAGCAGUGUGGAGGUGGUGGGGCCCAACGCAAGAGGUGAUCCCAUCUACAAUGGGGACGAAGACAUGGUGUAUGCCAGCAAUCUGAAGUUUCUGUACAGCAGAACCAAAUAUGUGGCAGAGCAAUUAAUCCUAAAGGCAAAUGGGUCCAGCCUACCUAACGGUGAGCAGAUGGUGACGUCUGCCUUACGGCCCAUGUACAUCUACGGUGAGAAUAGUCGCUUCCUCCUGGGACAUUUGGAUGAAGGAAUCAUCAACGGGGACGUCCUACAGAGAACAUCCAAGAAGCAGGCUCUUGUUAAUCCGGUCUAUGUAGGCAACGCAGCUUGGGGCCAUGUUACAUUGGCCAGAGCUAUGAAAGAAGAGGGCAAGAAGGAGAUAGUUGGUGGGAAGUUUUAUUACAUUACAGAUGACACCCCACACAUGAGCUACUCAGAUUUUAACCAAGAGAUGAUGAGCGUUCUGGGGUUCUCGCUUUCACCACAUCUCCCCUUGCCCCUGCCGCUCUUCUACUUUGUCGCCUACUUAAUGAAGACGCUGGAGUUUCUGCUCAGGCCUUUUGUCAAGUAUGUGCCCAAAAUAACCCCGCAACUCAUCACAAUGCUGAACACCAGGUUCAUCUUUACCAGCGACAAAGGGCGGAAUGACUUUGACUAUGCCCCACUCUACAGCUGGGAAGUGGCAAAAGGAAAGACCAUUGCAUGGUUGGCCUCCGUUGUACAAGAGCGAAGAGAGUUUUUAAACAGGAAGUAACACCUACGCUGCCUGAAGCCUGGGCGUUAGUGGGUAGAAGUUUGACGUCUGAGUGGUUUAUCUGGUUAAAGUCUUCCCAAACAAUUUGUUGUCACUUGUAUAAUGUGGUUGGAAUUUAAAGGCAGAGUACUCCCUCAUCACUUGCCAUUCAAAGUUACCAUCGGACAAAGACAUUGGAGCAGAAUUAGGCCAUUCGCCCAUCGAGUCUACUGGGUUACAAGUCCACAGUACUUUAGAAUGGUCACCCUGACAGGUAGUGAUUAUAGAUAUUUCUAUGGAUAAUAUCUGCAGGUGAUAAUAAUAACCCUAACCUAACCUAACCUAGUUUCAAUUUGUUGGCAAUUGAUGUCGAAUUGGUAAUUUUAAUAUAGGGUAUAGAAUCUUGAGUAUGAUUUGAUCCAAGUUAAGUCCUAUUCAGCGGUCACAGAGCGGUACAACGUGGAGGCAAGUCCUUCGGACAGACGUCCAUGCUGACCAAGUCCAUACUGGGCUUGUCCCAUUUGCCUGCGUUUGGUCCACAGCCCUCCAAACCCUUCGUAGAACCACUUGCAGAUCUAAUCAUCGUGGAAACAUUCUUUGCUAGUCUAUCCAAUCAUUUGCACAUAUCCUAGGAGUGUUUAUAUAGAACUAUACAGCACAGGAACAGGCCCUUCAGCCCACAAUGUCUGUGUCAAGCAUGAUGCCAAGGUAAACGUUUCUCUGCCUGUAUGUGAUCCACGUCCCUCCUUCCUUAUCUGCCUGUGUAAAAGACUCUUGAAACGCCACUGUGGUAUCUGUGUCCACCACCCGCCCUGUGUAACAGUACAUCACUGAGUAACCUUUAACCGUGAUUAUUUGUUUUUGAAGGCAGAGACCACACGGACAGUUCACUCAACCAGUGCGAGAUUUAUGGCAGUGGAAAUAUUUAUACUCAACAACGCCUGCUGCCCCCCUGGGAGAGCGGAAGAUUUUGUCCACAGUGUGAUCCGCAGUUUUUCCCUUGGCACCAGUCAUGACCUGGUCUGAGGGUGACGUCCCAACUACAGAGAGUCCUCCAGGCAAAUGUAAGCCCCUCGGGCACGUGCAAACCAGCACAGCUCAUUCUUUCAUCAAUCUCCCCGGCUGGCUGCUUCGACAUGGCUGCUGCCCCGUAUGUAAUCUGCCCCAGCCCUGGAACAGUUGCUUCCCCUGUACUAAUGCACGGUCAACUCCCACCCCCCACUAGCAUCCUCGUUAAAAUUACAUAUCAGAUAUGUCAUGGCAAAGCAAGGAAUCACUGCUCACGGUCUGUGAUUUAACUCUUCCCCAACAGCCUGGUAGUGCAUUCCAGGCACUCACCACUCUCUGUGUGUGAAAUACUUGCUGUGUUAGAGUGUGGCAGAUCUUAGAGUGCUGGUUCCAGAAGAGGAUUUUAUUGUCAACGUUUCAAUGUUAUUUUAUUGUCGCAUGGAUUUCAGUGGGGUGAAUAUUUUUUUUUUGUGUGCAGUUUAUACACAAUCUUACUAUACAUAAACGCAAUCAAACAUACGCACAAGAGUGUAGGCAGUAGAUUACACUCAGGCAGUACAUAAGAGUCGCCAUGUUUCCAGUGUCAUUUUGUACCUUCAAGUACAAAGUUGCUAUAAAUGUGGUCUCAACUUGGCCGUAAAGGCCCGUUACCCUGGCGACGGCACCAGGUCGGUCGGAGUUGCAGGGGUCAGCCUGGCCAGGCAAUGUGUCUGGGUCCUCCUCCGCUGCUCCGCCACUCCAUGCCACUGCAAGUCGCGCCUGAUCUAAUCAAGCCCCAGGCUGCUGUCGGGCCUCCCGUGGCCUACUCCACUGAUGCCUCGAUCCUGACACCUCACACAUCAUUUCCUUGCCUUAGUCCGCCACCACUCCAACUCCGUGAGGGUUUGUAGGUUAAUCGAUCUCAUUAAAUUGCCCCUGGUGUGUAGGCAGUGGAUGAGAAAAUGUGAUAACAGAAAACUAGUAUGAAUAGGUGAUCAAUGGUCGGCAUGCACUCGUUG